AUGUCCUUUGCCAACAUCUACACUCACCGGAAGGUCGCAGAGACCAACGCGAAAGGCUGCGAAAUAUGUCAUCGGCCCACCAGCAGUGUCCUUGUGGCCCCCGAAAAAAAGGUGCCGUGCUCCCAUAGAAAGAGAAAAAGAGGGUCAGAGGCCGGACUCGUGCUAACUGCCGCCGUCGAGGCCAAGAAGAAGAAGAAGGAGUUGGAAGAUGCGCUUGAGCAAGUAAAGAAGGAAUACGAGGAGAGACAGCGUAAGAAGAAAGAACAGGAGGAGAAAAACAAGGAUAAAGACAAGGAUAAAGACAAGGAUAAAGACAAGGAUACAGAUGCCGACAAGGACAAGAGCAGUAAGGUCGAUGACGAGAAGCAGGACUCUGCAUCUCAAAAGGACAGGAAAACCGAAACCUCCACCCCGGACCCCGAAGAUGAACCCCGGGUGUUUUCCCUGCACAGAAAUUUCUUCGCCAUGCGAGUCGAGAAGAAGCGGCAGAUGGAAAUUGCGAAACGGAACAGAGAACGGAUGAUGCAACCGACCUUCUUCCCGUCCGUGCCCAAGGGUGCUCCCGGCAGCUCUUCCUGA